UAGAAGUGCCUUGCUAUUGUAUUUCCCUAUAAAUACAUUAUUAUCAAUUAUUUAAAAUGAAAUUACUCUCGGUUGGAGAGGUCGUGUUUUAGAAUAUUUUCCUUGUUUUAAUUCAUUAUGUGGAGAGAACAAUGCAUUUUGUUGUUCACUUAUUUUGGUGCAAUAUGGGCUCAAUUAAGUCCUGCGUGUGCACUUAAAAAUGGCGACUUAGGUGUGUGCAUCUCUUACGAGCGGUGCGAUGCUGCCACGAACACAAUCAUCGGAGAUCAGUCGAACAUCAUCAAGCCAGGAUAUGAGCAAAAUCUGAUCCAGUGUCCUCAGCCUCAAGUAUGCUGUUCGUUCACAAACAACUGGACAACAACAACAACAACAACAACAACAACAACAACGGGAACUGACAGCGUCGAGAAAUGUGGCGUCCAAAAACGCGCGAAAGUUUCGAACUUCCAUAAAACUAUGACUGACGAAGCAGAACCCGGCGAGUUUCCCUGGGCUGUCAACUUGAUGAUCGUAAACAAUAUUUUAGCGACUGCAGCUAAAUACAAGUAUGUAGGAACUGGAUCACUCAUCCACGAGCGGGUGGUUUUGACAGCAGCUCAUGUAUUAUUUGGCAAGAAUCCGGAUAAUUUAAUCGCUGUCAUCGGGGAACAUGACCAGAAGAAGAAGGUGAUGGAGAAAAGAUCGAAGACGGUCCAAUAUUGCACCAUACACGAACAAUAUGACGGAACUAACGGCGACUACAACUUCGGACUGAUCUUCCUAACAGAAUCGGCACUUAAAGACAAUCUUCCCAGCGCUGGGACUGUGUGCCUUCCCCCAGCAGACUACGCGCCCCCUGCUGGGACUCGCUGCGUGUUCGCCGGGUGGGGGGUUGAUUAUCAUUUGGAAAAUCAGAACCAGCUGGUAAAGGUUGAUGUGCCGAUGAUGGGUCAUGCUGAGUGCGAGCGAAGAUUCCAGCAAGCCCCUACGCUGGGACCAGGGUUCCGAUUCCUCCCCUCCCUCACCUGUGCAGGGGGGGAGGGGACCCGCAACCUCUGCGGGGGAGCGGGGGGUUCACCCCUAGUGUGCCCCAUGGAGGGUCAGCCAGGCCGUUUCUUCCAGAUUGGUAUCGUGACCUGGACAACUGAUUGCGGCAAAGACGGCGCCCCAAUGGCCUUCGCAAACGUGGCUGCAGUCAGGCCCUGGCUUGAUGAACAGCUGGACAACUUUGUGAAAGAAUUAAGCAUAGGAAUGAAUUAGAUAUACUGAAAAAACUAUCACAAUACUGAUUUUUCCAAAUGCGUCGACAUCUUUGGGAGUUGUAAAGAUUUUGAAGAUUUUUUGUCUUUAUUAUAACAAAAUCUCGAGUUAUAAGGAAUCAUUAAUUGGAAACCUGUUUAUUUAGUUUUAAGCUUAAUUCAUUACUAUAUUCAUAGCUACUAUUCUCUCUCUUCCACAUAAUAAUGUUGCCAAUGUGUCAAAUACACGAGCUGAUUGUAAAUGAU